AAAAAAAAAAGUAGAUGAAUAAAAUGAAAGUUUGAAGAUAAAAAAUUGGUUGUGGUGUGGUUAGGGGAAGUGAAGAGGGUGAUGAUGUGGUGACUAUAAUAAGAGGAAGCAGUGAGUGAAAUGAGAAGAAGACAUGGCAGAGGUUGUGGCAGGCACAGAGUCUGAAGACAACAUGAGCAUGAGCAUGAGCCUCCAGGAUUUGUUGGGCUCUCAUAGUCAUGGAGGAAGAAGGGUAAAGAGAAAGAGCGUAGUGGAAGAACCCCUCGUUGUCGAUAAGGUCACUCUUCAGAAACAGAGAAGGAUGAUCAAAAACAGAGAAUCUGCCGCUAGGUCCAGGGAACGCAAGCAGGCAUACACAGUUGAGCUAGAAUCUUUGGUUACACAUCUGGAGGAAGAGAAUGCCGUAUUGUUACAACUAGCGGCUGAUAGGAAAAGGCUGAGGUUGAACCAGCUCAUGGAGUGCCUUAUUCCAGUUGAGGAGAAGCGUAAACCAAAACGAAUGCUUCGGAGAGUGAAUUCAUCCCAAUGGUGAUGUAAUAUGUUCCUUGUCCUAAUGGAGGACAAGUUUUCAAGUCCUGGUGUAUAGAUACCAAACAAAUGAUGCAUGAAAUUGUUAAAGGAUAAUAAAUAUGAAAAAGAGAGGAAAAGAUUUCCAAGGUUUUUUUAUAUACAUAUAACUUUGCUGAUUAUUUUCCAGGAUAUCACUUGGAGUUACAUUGCUGUAUAGAGAAAUAAUGCAGCUAAAUAAUUCAACUAAUUUGAUUCAAGCUGAAGCUUAUUAUUGGUUCACUAGGUGGAGGAUCCCUGAAUUGAUGGAUAUUGCGGGGAUAGGUCUAUAUUGGGGGAAGGGAGUUGAAAUUAGAAUGUAUGGUUAAUGUUAGAUUGUCUCCUUUUUUUAUAUUUCAGGAGGGAACUAUGUGUAAGUAUCGUUGAGUGUUAUAUGUGUUAUUUUCACUCCAAUUUUUAUUUUCUUUUUGUUGAA